AACUUAAAAUGAACAUUAAUUACACCGAUUGACGCGUGAUUUUGUCAUACAUUUCUAAAUUAAUACCACUUUAGUUAAUAUUUUAAAUGCUUAUUCAACGUCCCGAUGGCGUUCGCUAGUAAACCUAUUCGUAAUUAUGAAAAUAAUAAUUUGAUAUAACAAUGUAAAAUAUUAAUGUUGCAAUUAAUCUUUCGAAUAAUAUUUGUAGUAUGUGGGUCAAUGCCCAAUUGGUGUAGCCGCUAUUACAGUACACAAAACGGGCCAAUUCUAACGGUUGUUGAUGUUCAAUUGUUCACCUCCCAAAAUUAAAAAUAAUUCAAUAAACGCUCCCUCAGAUCCAAUACUCUCUACGCUUUUCAAAAAAAAAAAAGUCAAUAAAAUCCAAAAACAUUUCUUUCUCCAAUAAUUUCAAAUCCUCCUUUCAACGGCUACUUUUCACGUUUUCCCCCCUUUUCCUCUCUUUCUCUCUCCUCCAAACUCUCUUCACUCUUCUUCUUCAUCUUCUUCUUCUUCUUUCUCUCUCCAGAAAUCUGCAGAAUUCAACAAUGAAGCACUUCAUGCUCCCCAAAUCAAUUUCCCCAUUAUCGGAGCUUUCCACUCCUACAAACCCUAACCCUAACAAUUCAAACCCUAAUUCACAAAAAUCGAAAUCUUCUGGGCAUCAUCGGAAGCAAAAAUGCCCUCCUAGAGAUAAAGAGAAUUCCGAUCCUUGCGAUGUUAUCGCCGGAAAACCCUCUCCGGCGGGGAAGUUGAAGAGCCCUCUUCCGCCGCGACCGCCGCCUUCUGCUAACCCUCUUAAGCGUAAGCUUAGUAACGACGCCGUUUUCGAUGUUGCUGGACCUUGUUCUUCGUCUUUGAUUGAUUCUGGCGUUAAGGUGGUAGUGCGAAUGCGGCCAUUGAACAAGGACGAGAGAGAUGGGGAAAUGAUAGUUAAGAAAGUCUCAAAUGAUUCGUUGACAAUCAAUGACCAUACCUUCACUUUUGACUCUGUGGCUGAUAUGGAGGCAACCCAGCUCGACAUUUUCCAGCUUGUGGGAGCUCCUCUUGUUGAGAACUGUCUUGCUGGGUUCAACAGCUCUGUGUUUGCUUACGGACAGACGGGCAGUGGAAAAACUUAUACUAUGUGGGGACCUUCCAAUGCUUUGCUGGAAGACAACCUAGCAAAUGAGCAACAGGGAUUAACACCUCGUGUGUUUGAACGGCUUUUUGCUCGGAUAAAUGAGGAACAAAUUAAGCAUUCAGACAAACAGCUUACAUAUCAGUGUCGUUGUUCUUUUCUUGAGAUUUACAAUGAACAAAUUACUGAUCUGCUGGAUCCAAGCCAGAAGAAUCUUCAGAUUAGGGAAGAUGUCAAAUCUGGUGUUUAUGUGGAAAAUCUGGCAGAGGAGUAUGUAUCAACAGCCAAGGAUGUGAUACAGCUGUUGUUGAAGGGACUGUCACACCGCAGAACAGGUGCAACAAGUAUAAAUGCAGAAAGUUCGCGUUCACAUAGUGUUUUCACUUGUUCCGUUGAAUCACAAUGCAAGAGCAAGUCUGAUGGCCUGAGCAGUUUGAAGACUAGUAAAAUAAAUUUAGUUGAUCUUGCUGGGUCAGAAAGGCAAAAGUUAACUGGUGCAGCUGGAGAGCGGCUGAAAGAAGCUGGCAAUAUCAAUCGAUCCCUUUCACAGUUGGGUAAUCUGAUUAACAUUCUCGCUGAAGUCUCCCAAACUGGAAAGCAAAGGCAUAUCCCAUAUAGAGACUCCAGAUUGACAUUUUUGCUUCAGGAAUCUCUUGGCGGUAAUGCAAAAAUGGCUAUGAUUUGUGCUAUUUCUCCAGCUCAAAGCUGUAAGAGUGAGACAUUUAGCACAUUGAGGUUUGCACAGCGUGCAAAGGCCAUUAAAAACAAGGCUGUUGUCAAUGAAGUUAUGCAAGAAGAUGAUGUUAACUUUUUAAGAGAAGUGAUAAGGCAACUUAAGGAUGAACUACUUCGAAUGAAGGCAAAUAGAAACCAAAGUGAUCCAAAGGAAGCAUAUGCGAACAGUUGGAAUGCACGUAGAAGCUUAAGUCUUUUGAAGAUGAGUCUCAACCAUCCAAUGGUCUUGCAUCAUUUAGAUGCUGAUGGUGACGAGGAGAUGGAAAUUGAUGAGGAGGCUGUUCAAAAACUGUGCAAUGUAGUUCGUCAACAAUCGGGUGGCCUUGAAAAUAGCCAAUGUAAGGAUGAAUGUAUUGAGAAGCCUAGCCCUGAAAUCUCAGAUGUUAGUAUGGAAGAGGUAUAUUCAGAAAUAGAUGAUAAUGAAAUCAUUGUUGAUGGUGGGAAUUUGCUGUCUGCCGAGGGGAAGGACACAAUAAAAAUAGAAAAUAAAGCUGUUAGUGAAUCGCAAUGCAAGCUAAUUGAGAAUGGUUCUGCAUUCUUGUCAUCUCCAGCUAAUAUGGCCGAUGCUGAGGCCAAAAAUAGUCCUUCAAAUGACCCCUUGGAUACACUAGUUCCUGAAGUAAAUGUUAUUCCUUGUGAUGUUUCUCCUAUUCUGCCAUCUCCCCCUAAGAGUGUUUCCCCAAGAAUUGUUAGCAGUAGCAGAAAGAGUCUAAGAACAUCAUCAAUGCUUACUGCAUCACAGAAAGACGUAGAAAACUUAAGAUUAAGCAAGAAGGAUGCUCAUGCAUCUUUGGCAAAGUCUUCUCUAAGGAACUCUCAGCUUGCUCUGACUAUUAUGUCUGGCAAUAAUGCACGUAGCUCUACUGAUCAUUUAGCAGCUAGCCUUCAUCGUGGUCUUGAGAUCAUCGAUAAUCAGCGGAAGAGUUCUGCUUUCAGGAAGUCUGCAUUCCGGUUGUCAUUCAAGCCUGCAGAGUUGAAGCCAAUUUUACCUAUUGAGAAAGUUGAUGUAGGUAUUCAAACUCUACCAGACAGUAUUGAGAUGCCAGAAAUAGAUGGAAUCAAUUAUCUUUGUAGUAAUUGCAAUAAGUCUCUUCAUGGAGAUGUGAAAGAAGCCAAUGACCCCUCAAACCUUCAGUUGGUUCCUGUGGAUAGGUCAGUGUCAGCUGAAAAGCCCAAGAACCAGGUUCCAAAGGCAGUAGAGAAGGUUCUGGCUGGAGCGAUUAGGAGAGAAAUGGCGCUUGAGGACUUCUGCUCCCGGCAAAAUUAUGAGAUUGCACAACUGAAUCGGCUGGUUCAACAAUAUAAACAUGAACGGGAAUGCAAUGCAAUUAUUAGUCAAAUGCGGGAGGAUAAAAUAAUUCGCCUUGAACACCUUAUGGAUGGUGUGUUACCUACUGAGGACUUCAUGGAAGAAGAAUUCAUAUCUAUUCGUAGAGAACAUGAGCUUCUAAAGGAAAAAUAUGAAAACCAUCCUGAAGUGUUGGAGACCAAAAUUGAGUUAAAGAGAGCACAGGAUGAGUUGGAGAAAUUGCGAAGCUUCUUUGAUAUGGGCGAGAAGGAUGUCCUAUUGGAGGAAAUUCAUGAUUUAAGGAGCCAGCUUCAAUACUACACAGAUAGUUCACCCAAGGCUUCUAGGCAACGAAAGUCUCUUUUGAAGUUGACUUACCCUUGUGAACAGAGUUUGUCUCAACCACUGAACACAAUACCAGAAUCAACUGAGGACAAUGCUGGCGAACAGGAAAGGAUUCAGUGGGCUGUUGAACAGGAAAGGAUUCGGUGGACCGAGGUGGAAAGCCAAUGGAUAUCUCUUGCCGAGGAAUUAAAAUUGGAACUUGAAUCUUGUCGUAACCAUACUGAAGACCUAGAGCGAGAACUUGAGUCAGAAAAGAAUUGCUCAGAGGAGCUAAAAGAAGCCCUUCAGUUAGCAAUGGAGGGUCAAGCACGUAUGCUUGAACAGCAUGCAGACCUUGAAGAGAAACAUAUGCAAAUGCUUGCAAGGCGUAGACAGAUGCAAGACGGAAUCGAGGAUGUUAAGAAGGCAGCUGCUAAAGCAGGUGUCAGAGGGGCAGAAUCAAAGUUUAUUAAUGCUCUUGCGGCGGAGAUUUCAGCUUUAAAAGUUGAAAGAGAAAGGGAGAGGCGGUAUUUCAGGGAUGAAAAUAAAAUGCUUCAGUCUCAACUAAGAGACACUGCAGAAGCUCUGCAGGCUGCCGGAGAAUUACUUGUACGUCUGAAAGAAGGUGAAGAAGCAGUAGCUGCUGCCGAGAAGCGUGCUGCUGUAGCAGAAGAAGAAACUGAGAAGACUCGCAAGCAAAUUGAUGAUCUAAAGAAAAAACACGAAGCUGAAAUUGAGUCAUUGAAUCAAAUUAUUGCCGACUCCCAUAUAGCAAAAGAAGAGGCCUUGCAAGGUUCUUAUCAUGCACCCAGUGUGAUCAAAUUUGACACUGAGGAGCGACAUAGUAUACCAAAAGAGGCCUUACAAGAUUCCUAUCAUGCACCCAGUAAUGCAGUCAAAUUUGACACUGAGGCGCAACACAGUGCUGGUGAUGAGCGGUGGAAAGAAGAGUUUAAGGCAUUCUAUGACAAUGGAAUAGAUGAUGAGCUAUCAUCUAAAUUCGCAGAACCUUCUUCAUGGUUCUCUGGUUAUGACAGAUGCAACAUAUAGGUAAAAAAUUCAGUGGCCUUCUCUGUAUGUAAAAUUACUAACAGUUGAUUUGUUAUAUAUUUCAAUAUAGUGUACCUGUAUUGCUUACCAAGAUUCAGUUCCAUAGGUUAGAAAUCCUCACCAUUUGUGAGGCCCAAUGUUUUUCUUACCUCUUUGGUAGUCCAAUCUCCAAUGUAUUCAAAUUGAGCUGCCUCAGCUAUAAAAUUCAAUUUUUCUUA